UUUCUUUUCCAAAUUCACUCUUGUUGUGUUUCCAUCUCCACACGAUGCAGAUGGAGAGUUUGUUACACUUCGCUAACUUCAGCACCUUGUGUGUGUGCAUGGUGCUGAAGUUUCCGCAAAUUUUUGUACUGAUGCGAGCAAAAGCAGCGGGGGGAGUUAGUUUCAACAGCCUUCUCCUCGAGCUCGUCGGGUACAUUGUUUUUGUGACCUAUCAGAUGUAUUAUGACUACCCUCCUCCAACGUACCUGGAAUAUCCCAUUCUCAUCGCUCAAGACGUGGUUCUUCUCAUCCUGGUUCUCCGCUACAGCGGCAAACUGCGCUACAGCCUCAUCUACGCCAUAGUGUUCAUCGGGGGUUGGAGGAUCCUCACUGUGGAGAAGUGGAUCAUAGAUUUGGCUAUGAGUCUGUGCACAUUCAUCAGUGCAGGCAGUAAGUUUGCCCAGCUGCAAUGCCUGUGGAAGUCUAAGGAUGCGGGACAGGUUAGCGCCCUCUCCUGGGGUAUGGCUACCUACACAUGCAUGGCGAGGAUUUACACCACCACUGUGACGACUGGAGACACACAGGUUCUGGUGCGCUUCAUCGCCAUGACCCUGCUGAACCUGUGGGUGCUGCUCACAGUGAUUUACUACCAGAGACGCAGCAGCGCCAGCGCCAAGAAAGACGACUGAAAAGCUUUUUUAAAAGUUUGGAUCUCGACUUGCUGUUUCGUAAACCUGCUG